UGAGGUGUGGGACCCCCUCGGGACUGCAGCAGGAUGCAGACCUCCUCACAGCUGCUGCGUGCCUGCUCACCACCCUUCCCUUCUCGCUUCCCUUGCAGAGCACUACAAACAUCACUGGUUUCCUGAGAAACCGUUCAAAGGCUCUGGGUAUCGCUGCAUCCGGAUCAAUCACAAAAUGGACCCCAUUAUCAGCAAGGCAGCUAGCCAGAUCGGACUCAGCCUACCGCAGCUCUACCAGCUCCUGCCCAGCGAGCUCACGCUCUGGGUGGACCCCUAUGAGGUCUCGUACCGAAUCGGUGAGGAUGGCUCCAUCUGUGUCUUAUAUGAAGCUACUGCAACGAAACCUGUGAGCUCCUAUGGGAUGCUUACCUGUAAGAACCAGAUGAUGUUAGGUCGCACCAGUCCUUCCAAAAACUACAUCAUGACUGUCUCCAGCUAA